AUGUUUUAUCAAUAUCGUGUAUUUUAUCGUCCAGUUUCUUCAGAACGUCCUGAUACACAGACUAGACAACAGCAACAACAACAAACUACAUUCUGCGCUGAUACAAAUUCUAAGCUCAUUGAACCUGAUUCAAUGUAUCUUGACAAUUUAGAACAGCACAGAUUAAAUGGUAGUGGAGAUACAAGUGCAUAUUGUACUAGUGAGAGUAGAAAAAGUCAAAACGAUUCAUUAAUCAAUGAUAAUCAUAGUUUUACAAUGAAUAGCAAUGAGAAUGUGAAUAAUAAUAAUAAUAAUAUUAUUAGUAGUAAUCAUACUACUAAUAAUCCCAAUUCAAGUAAUGGAAGUCUUAUUGAUCAACGUUUUAACACUGAAAAUACUAGUAGUAAUGUACAAUAUCCUACAAAAACAAUUAGUCAUUUACAUUAUAAUGAGAAUAACAUAGAAGGAGGCAUAGCUGCUUCAUUAUCUGAUUUAGGCGGUUCCCUAUUAUCAUUAUCUGCAAUCCUUCCUGAAGCUCAUCAUUACCGUCAACCUUAUCAUCAUAAUCCUCAUCCUCACCAUCAUCAUCAUCAUAGUCGUCAGUAUAAUUCUAGUGAAGUACACUGUACUAAUAAUCAUCAUCAUCAGAUUACAACAUCAAAUGAUUCAUUUAGUCCAUCAUCUAAUUGGUCCAUUGAUGGUAAUUCACAAUAUACUACUCAUAGUAAUCAAAUCAGUAAUAAAUAUAGUCAUCCUGAUUUAAAUAUACAUUAUACUGAAUCAUAUUACACACCAAUUCGUCAAUUCGAUUCACCAGUAGCAGCAACAGUAGUAUCUUCUAUAUCAACUACAUUAUCAUCUUCAUCAUCAAUAACUUCUAGUAGAAAUCAUCAUCAUCAUCAUCAUCAUCAUCAUCAUGAAUCGUCCAAUGAACAAUUACCGUCAACAUCCGACAAUAAUAAUAAUAAUCAUAACUUAAAAGUAAAUAACACAUUUGAUUGCAUGAAUGACAACAAUUCAUUGAAUGAACAAAAACGUCAUGUGAAUUUUACAAAAGAUAUUUUAUGCAAAUCAAAUAUGAAAUUUCAUAAAUCCGAUUAUUAUCAUCAACAACAAUUAUUACAUAAUGCUAAUUGCCUAUCGGAACAGAAUUCACAGAAAUGUUUGAUGAGAGAAGACAAUUCUGAAAAAUCUCCUUCAUUAAAUCAAAAGUUAAAAACUAAAACGAUCGACAAAUAUUUACCAUUAUAUCCUUCUACUUCUACUACCACGACAUCAUUAUGUUGUUGUAAUGAAUGUUUAAAUCCUUUAACUUAUCAAAUGAAUCAUUUAUCAUCAAUGAACUGUAUGCCAACGACAACUUUAAAUGAAAAAGAAGCAGAAGCAGCAGAAGAAGAAAUCUUAACGAAAAAUAUUCCCAUACACACAAUAACAUCCAUGCAUAAUCAAUAUAAAACAAAUCAACAACCUCAUUCAUAUGAAUUCUAUGAUAAUUUCUGUUGUGCAUUAACAAAUCGAAUCACAUUGAAUUCAAGUGAACAACAACAGCAGCAGCAACAUCAACAACAACAACGGACAGUAAACGCAUCAUCAGCAUUAUGUCAUCAACCAUUAACACAUUUCAAUGAAUCGAUCAAUAUGGAAAAGACAAAUUUAACAAAUGGUGAACCAAUUCUUUCCGAUAUCUAUGAAACACCAUAUGCAUCGGUAACAAUACACGAUGAACCGAUCAAUGAACAACAUCCACCGAAACAUAUAUCAAUCAAUUCAUGCAAUGCCAAGUCAAGCUUAUCCACAAAUAGAACAGAAGAUAAUUCUCAUCUCUUAUUGAAACCGAAUUAUUGGUCACCUAUUACAAAUGCCAAUAACUUGCCCUUUACCAAUGAAAAUUCAUCACACUCUAAACUGUUCAAUCCAUAUUUAUAUUCUGUAGGCUAUUUGGAUUAUGUCACAAAUAAUCCUUUAAUUUAUCCUCAUCCAUUGUAUACAUCAGCAACAUGUCAUACGAAACAAUUACACAAUGCCACUGUGAAUACCACCACCACUGGAGGUGUAGUUUCUUCUUCAUCUUCUACGGCUGCAUUGUCUACAAUUACAACUGCUGGUCUACCACCAUCUGGACAAGUUUAUCCAAUGGAUAAUUGGAAUAUGAUGGAAUGGGUAGUUAAAAAACGUCCAGAUGGAACACGUUAUAUAACUCGACGACCAAUAAGGUGA